AAAAGACAUUUAAAUGCAAAUGGACAAACUGAUGUUGGAUACUCAAAGUGGAUUGCCGAUGAACAGUUUUUGGACGACUGCUUUUGUUUCCGUCGUUGAAAUUCGAAACAGCCAUAAAAGCACUACUACUGGAACAAGAUACCGUUGUAAAACUCAGUUUCAAAAGAGAGAAAGAACUAGCUUACGAAUAUUGUCAAACACUUUUCUUAGAAACCUAUUUUAUUGUCCUUCUUGUAAUAGGCAGCCUACUAUAAGAGCUUGUGCAGAAACCUUUUCUGUCACAAAAGGUCAAUCUCAAGUGAGAACUUAUCCACCGCGAAUAAUUGUAGCUGGAGCACCUGCUUCCGGCAAAGGAACUCAGUGUAAGAAGAUUGCGGAACGUUACGGCGUCGUUCAUUUAUCAACCGGAGAUAUGUUACGAGAAGCUGUUCAGAAUGGAACAGAACUUGGAAAGAUGGCUAAGCAGUAUAUGGAUUCAGGGCGUUUGGUACCGGAUGAUUUGGUUAUCGGUAUGUUGAAAGAACGGUUAAAACAGGAAGACUGUGAGAAACAUGGUUGGCUUUUGGAUGGAUUUCCACGUACGGCUUCUCAAGCACAAGCUCUCCUCGAUGCAAAAAUUUACCCUGAUUUGGUCCUUGUUUUGGAUGUCCCUGAAAGUGAACUUAUUCAGAGAGUUGUCGGAAGGAGACUUGAUCCUGUGACUGGUCGUAUCUAUCAUCUUCAAUAUUCACCUCCGGAGGAUCAACAAGUCUUAAGCCGCUUGAUUCAAAGAACAGAUGAUACCGAAGAAAAGGCAAAAGUACGUUUAGAUACCUAUUAUACUCAUAUCCAAGCAAUAGAAGAGCAGUUUUCGCAAGUAGUUCAUAUCAAUGGCAAUCGACAUACUGAACAUGUAUUUUCGGAUAUCGUAUGUGAAAUUGAUGGAGUUAAGGGCACAUUUUAUGAAGCAGGUACUAAACUGCAACCUUUUGGUAUUCUUGUUUUGGGUGUUCCUGGUAGUAAUAAGACUGAAUUUGCUCGCCUUAUUGCCAGAAUGAGUAAUUCUUUACUAUGUGAUGUUAGUGAUCUAUUCCUGAGAGUGGUGCAUGAAGAUAAUAAAGACAUGACAAUGGGAAGUAUUGUGAAGAGUGCCGUGGAGUCUGGCGAACGUGUUCCAGAUAAGAUUGUCUUGCAACUUGUCCACAAAUUUUUGUCUGCUCAUGAUGGCUAUAAGAAACGGGUAGUUUUUUGUGGUUUUCCAAGAACCCUUACCCAAAUAGAGUUUUUAAGACGCCAUCAGUUUCGAAUUGAACAAGUGUUUUUGAUCGAUACUCCAGAUGAAGUGACUUUGCCUCGUUUAACCUCCCCUCAUAUACUGAAAUUACCUGAGAAGGGACCUAUGAAUGGAAAUGGUUGUUAUUCUAUUGGAAAUGAGUUUGGUUGGAAUGAACGAAUAAGGUCGAGUUAUCGAGUUGUCAGAAAGCGUUUAUCAUCGGUAUAUAGUGACUGGGAUUAUAUACAGUUUGCUUUUAGAGGAAGAACUCAUGUUUUAUAUUCUAUCGACUCUUGGAAUUAUAAUAGGGAAAGAAUUGAACAAGCAUUGCGGACUCCUCCAAGGCCUUUUGUUUUAAGAAAAUUGACAAACGCAGCACAAGUUGAGAACUUAAGAGAGUAUAUAGAGUCAGGAAUUUUAUUUGCCGAAUCUCGAAUGAAGCCACUUUGGGACUCACAAUGGAACGGUCUUAUGAGUAUGGAAAUGUUACGAGAUGGAGACUUUGGAAUUUCAGAUAUUAUUUAUCGCUGGGAUUUGGCUAUAUUGGAUAUGGCUAUAUUUUAUUUAUAUUUUUAUAUUCAAAGACAUCUUUUACGUGUAAUAUUGGAACGAACUGCGUUUUAUGUUUCUCUUGCUCAUUCUAUUCCUUGGGUGAUAAUAUCAGCUUUCUAUGGAAUGUAUCAUAUUCGAAGUAUAGAGUCUACAAGUUUUAUGUUGCGCUGUAUUCGAAUGGCAAGUAAGAUAAGCCUACCACUUGGAAUUGUUGUACGUGGAUUGCGGUUUUCUGUCGGUCUACAUUGGUUUUAUAUUUUGUUUACGUUGUUUUCAUUGUAUUAUACUCUCGUUACUUGGAGAAGAGCGUUUAUUUCCUUCGACGUGUUUUUAGGUUGUCCUCGUAGAAGAAAAGGUUACUUGGUUGAUAUUAUGUUGAAAUUAUACCGUUCGAUAGUUUUGAAAAGACCUUGAACUCAAUCGCAGAAUAUUUUUUACUCUGGAUUUCUGAAAAAUAGUUGCAGGUCUCUUGGAUGGACUGGUUGGAUUCUCCGUAUGGGUAUCUUCAUUCUUCUUUCACUCUACCAUUGUCAUAAGAAAAGAGAAAGAUAACAUCAUACUCGGGAAUUUUGAGAUUUGUUAAAGUUUUGGAAAGAUUUCAAAUGCAAUUUUUGUGCAAUUG